CGUGUGAAAGGAGCUGCAUAAGAGAUAGAGUUCUAUACCCCUACCAAAUAUCUAAACAUAGCUGCUCAGCAGAAGAGAGAGAUUUGAUCAGCACGGCCAGCCCCCGCCACGAGGUCGGAACACGGUCGUUUCCUACACAGGCACAGAUCCGGGUGCCCUGGGAGGGGGUAUGAUGCCGUGGGGGCAGUCAGUAGACAGCAGUGGCUGCAGUUUCACUCCUUUGGUGGUGUUGGAGCUAGCCUCUGACACAAAAGAGGAAACCAUUGCAUGGCUACUGAGCAGGAUAAGAGACCAACAAAUAAAUGGAGGUGCUGAGCUGCUAGUGGAGCAGCUGGGCCCUGGAGUAGGGGCUCAGGAGAAAGAAAACCCCAACAUAUUCCUGGUGGGGGCAUCCUGGCAGAGGCUGCUUUCUGGUGCUGAGGACCUGGGCCUCUUCAAGGAGUCCACUGAUGGAUCCAUGAGGGGCUUCACCUGUGCCACCAAGCACAACUUCGAAGACUUUAAAGGGGAGGGAGACGGCUUCCUCAGCAUGGCUGAGUGUCAGUACAUCAUUAAACACGAGCUGGAGACAUUAAGAGCCAAAGAUGAGACUCAUGUACCAGGAUACACCCAGGCUAAGCUCUACCCCGGCAAAUCCAUCAUUCGCAGGCUACAGUCCAAAGGCAUCCUGAUCCAAAUGUUCCCACUCCAUGAAAAGGAGGAACUUAAGAGACUGUCUUUUUCUUGGUACAAAAAGGUGCGGUUGUCCCUGCAGCCUCUUGAUGACAUCAGACACUACUAUGGUGAGGGCCAGGCCCUGUACUUUGGCUUCCUUGAGUACUUUACCUUUGCCCUGGUGCCUGUGGCCGUCAUUGGGGCUCCAUACUAUCUGUUUGAUUGGGAGGACUACGACAAAUAUGUGGUCUUUGCCGUGUUUAACUUGAUCUGGUGUACUGUUAUACUGGAGCUAUGGAAGCGGUGCAGCGCCACACUAGCCUACCGCUGGGGCACGCUGAGCAGGAAGAAGGCCUUUGAAGAGCCUCGGCCUGGUUUCCACGGUGUCCUCGGGUUAAACCCUGUGACGGGCCGCAAGGAGCCUCUCUACCCCAGCAUCAAGAGGCAGCUGCGUAUUUACCUUGUGUCCCUGCCCUUUGUCUUGCUGUGCCUCUACCUGUCCCUCUGUGUCAUGAUGGUCUACUUUCAGUUGGAGGGCUGGGCACUGUCAGUCCAUGAUGAGGAGCCCACUUUCUGGACAGGAAUACUGUUGUACAUUCCCAGUAUUAUCUAUGCUGUGGUCAUAGAGAUUAUGAACCUCAUCUACAGAUAUGCCGCUGACUUCAUAACAGAGUGGGAAAACCACAGGCUAGAGUCUUCAUUCCAGAUUCAUUUGGUUCUCAAAGUAUUAGUAUUCAACUUCUUCAACUGCUUUGCCUCGUUGUUCUACAUCGCCUUUGUCAUGCAGGACAUGGCGCUGCUCAGACAGAGUCUGGCCACACUGUUGAUCACCAGUCAGAUCUUGAACCAGUUCAUGGAAGCCUUCUUGCCCUACUGGCUCCGGAGGAGACGCAACAAGAAGAUGAUCCGCAAAGUCCAGAAAAGAAGAACUAUGGAGGACGUAGAGCUUCCUCUGGUCGAACAGGUCCGGCUGGAGGCCGACAUGAGCACGUACUUGGGUACAUUUGAUGACUACCUGGAGCUGUUCCUGCUGUUCGGUUACGUCAGUCUCUUCUCAUGUGUCUACCCUCUGGCUGCUGUCCUGGUAGUGUUGAACAACAUCACUGAGGUUUACUCUGAUGCCUUCAAGAUGUGUCAUGUGUUCAAACGACCCUUUUCCGAACCAGCAGCGAACAUAGGAGUCUGGCAGCUUGCCUUUGAAGCCAUGAGUGUGAUAGCUGUUGUGACCAACUUUGCACUGAUUGGUAUGUCUCCACAAGUCAAGGCUUACUUCCCCGAUUCAGACACGCAGCUCAUACUGUGGAUUGUGGCUACUGAGCAUGCGCUGUUGGCCUUCAAGUUCAUCCUGGCCUUCCUCAUUGCGGAUGUUCCAAAACACCUCCAGAUCAAACUGGCCCGCCUGGAGUUUGAGUCACUGGAGGCCCUCAAGAAGAAGAAAAUGCUGGAAGCCUCCGAGCACAGUAAGAUGGCCCAGUGAGGAGGAGAGGAGGGCCUACAAAUUCUGAUGGCGCACCUCCAACAGCCACACCACAACUAUAGCACAGCUAUAGCACAUCCCGCUGCUGCUUACACUGCUGCACUGACACACAUUCACAUGUACGUACAAGGGCAAGUUUGUGUAACUGAUCUGCAUCCACAGUAUCUUAGGUUUCACUUGGGUCAAAAUGGGAUAAGCAGGAAUUUACUGUUGCAAGUGUUGAAGAGCAGAUCACUGUUUUAGGUGCACAGUUGUGUACCGAAUAUUUUGUGUUGGUCUGUGAAUGUGAUGUACUGUAAAACGGUUUUAUUUAGUGUGUUGAUGACAUGGGAUAAAUGAUGGUGAAAAUGGAACAAAUUUGGUAAAAGCCCGCUGUUGAAAUCACAGAGCAAUACUGUAUUCUGCCUUCAUAUACUGUAGCAAAUACUGUUUUCGUUUUAUUUUUUAAUCAAGUACAUUUUCUGUUGUACUGUAUGUGUGUUCUGUUCGUCAGCCACUGAGAUUACUUUGAGUUGGGUUCAAUCAGUACUGGAUGUGAGGGAUGAUGUACUGCCUGCUGGCUUAGAUUACAUACCAUAACUGAUGCUGGCUGGGUUAGAGCUGUCUGUUAUUGGGUCUUACAUCCAGCUUGAGUCCUGAGCUCCAGGUAUGGGAGCAAAGAAUGGCCAGUAACAUUUGAGUUUUAUUGAGACAGAGCACAUUUAGGCCAUGUCCACACCAGGGGGGAAACAGUUCAUCCGUUUCCCCAUUGUUCCUGCUAAUGCCUUGCAUUUUCCACACUUUGUCUUCUUAAAGCUUCAGGUUUUUAGUACCACAGCUUGUAAAACUUUAACUCUGGGUUCUUCAGACUUUUGGUAGUGCAUCUUACCACGCCACUGAUUUUAGUCAUUUUUCAGUUUUUUCACCAACUUGCAAUCCAAAAUCAGAGUAUUCAGUAGUGAUUCAUUCUCACAAUUAAGCAUUUAGUUUCUUAUAAAAUGCAAAUUAUUAUGGCCUUUCUUUGCUUCUGUAUCCCAGAGAUGAGAUGGCAAAUGUUAUUAUUGAGCUUUCUUAUCUUAGCAUGUGAUGUGACCAGGGUAUUUAUUAUCUUCCAGUGGAGAGGACUAGUACUUGAGGUUUUAAACCAUGUAUUCUUGUACCACCCCUGGUGCCUUGAAAUGCAUUACAGUCUGAAUAUUUGUUUUGUAUGCUGUUGUGGAGAGUAGACCUAAACCUAACCUAUCUGCCAUCUGUGGCUUAAAUUAACCUGUAAAAGAGGAAGUGAAGUGUGUGUGUCCAACUGUACCUGCUGCAUGUUUGCACUCUAGUAUUUUAUGGCAGGAGACCUGAACCAUGCUUUACAUGGUCCCUCUUAAGUUCCUGGUGGAAGAUGGACUCUGAAUAAACUUGGAGC